AUGGAGCAGACCAAGGCCCUCAACGCCCUCGAGGUACCCAAGCCCUGCCUCAUGCUCACUUUCUGCCUCAUCACUCACCAAGUAUCACAGCCCUAUCUAGCUCUCUCGACAUCAGCUACGUCUCCACGCGCCGCCAUCGACCUCAUCCGGCAAGCGACCUCCGCCCCAAACACCUUCCUCUUCGCCGAGCUCCUCCAGACACAACCCAUCGCCUCACUCGCCUCGUCACCCGAUGCCGAUGCGCAGGCUGCGCACGCUCUGCUGCGGAUGUUCUCACACGGCACGUAUGAGUCGUACACCUCCACACCAGGGCUGCCGCCCCUGUCAGACACUCAGACCGUGAAACUACGACAGCUGUCGUUGCUAUCGCUGGCCAGGAACCGGGACAACUUGGCAUACGGGGUUUUGCAGCAGAAAUUGGGUCUCGACUCGCACCGCGAGGUGGAGGAGCUCGUCAUUACGGCAAUCUACGCGGGCCUGAUCAACGGCACCUUGGAUCCGGCACGACAGACAGUGCAAGUCACCAGCAUCGCGCCCCUCCGCGAUCUCGCCCCAAACGCGGUGCCGGAAUUGGCCGCCACCCUCAAGGUCUGGUCUGAGCGGUGCACGACGACCCUCGGCGGCUUGGAGGCGCAGAUCACACAGAUCCGACAGCAGGCUGCCGCGCGCAACGCCGAGGAGAAGAAGGUCAAGGCCAAGCUGGACAAGGCAAUCAGCGAAGUUGACGAGAAGGACCUGUCUAUCAACAGGACACAGGACGCUUUUAUCAGACCCAAGAAUUGGCAACAACGAGAGUCGCAAGGGGGGGAGCUGAUGGAGAUGGACGAGCCAUCGGGGCCGGACGAUCAGCAGACGCGACGAAGCAAACGGAAAUGGUGA